CCACGAGUGACAAGGUGUUACGGAGGGGAGGGGGGAGCGGCACGUCACGAACGCCAGUCCACCGCCGGCAACCGUCUGUGACUUACGUCCUUCGAGCUGUCUACUGUGAUCAGUGUCUUGUGAAUGGGAUGACGUGCUGACGAAUACGAUUUUGUGUUGUGCUGUGUGUGGAUAAUUGUUAAGCUGGAAAAAGAUCAAGGAUUGUGGAGCAAUAUGCUCACAUCAAGCAAUCAAUAUUUGAGGCCGGAUUACCUGUCCCCGCUGCCUACAACUCUCGACGCGAAAAAGAGCCCGCUGGCACUACUGGCGCAGACUUGCAGCGCUAUCGGCGCCGAUUCUCCGAACCCGAAGCUGAUAUCCGCAGCGGAGAAAGCCAGCAAGAAGUACGACGAGAAAACGGUGUUACACAUGACGGACAACAAACCCAGCUUCAAGCCUUACGAAUCGUGCCUAACAGCGAGAGAAAAGACUAGAACACCAGAAGACAGAGCCUCGGUUGGCAAUGCUCAUUCGAAAACACCACUAUCGUCUAAAGGAAGUGCAUCGACCACUCCGGUUCAGGCUCGGUGUAGUAGUAAUCAGAGUUCUUCAUCACAAAGAACACCACCGCCGGCUCAUCGGAAAACUCCGUCCGAAAAAUCGGAUGAACGAUCCAGUCCGCUCCAAGACUCGCCUAUUCCGGCUAAGUCGAACUCGGACUCCACCAGCAGUUCAUCUGCCUCCAAGUUACCGUUCACACCCACCUCUCUAUCAACCAGCGCCGACACCAAAGAACAUUCGACCUUCAAACCAAACAUACCAGUCACAUCAUCAGCUUUCCUCGGUGGUUUACCCCCUACAGGAUUUCCUCUCCCGAUGGACUUAAUGACCAGUAGUUUGAUGGCUGCUCAACACCAUGCUCUCAAAAAUGGAUUAAAUCCGUACCUUGCGUACGCAAGAAUGAAAGCGCCAGGAAGUGAUCUAGGUAUUUGCAGAGAUCCGUACUGCACUGGUUGUUCUCUAAGUUCACAUUUGCUCAAAUCUGCUGUAUGUCCCGCUGGGUGUGCGCAGUGUGAUCAUGCCAAAACGCCUUUCACUAUACCAACCGGACAUCCGGCCGCAGCUGCGUAUGCACAUGCUCAAUUGGCUGCUCUAGCGGCGGCAUCACAGUUGCCAUUCGUAUGCAGUUGGAUGGCAGGAGAUUCAGCUUAUUGUGGCAAAAGGUUCGCAACCUCAGAAGAGUUGCUUCAACAUUUAAGAUCUCACACGGCGAGCGGUGAAUCCAGUCCCAGUUUGUCGAUGCUGAGCGCAACGCAUCCGUUGCUGCAGAGGACGUAUCCAACGCCGCCUCUAUCUCCUCUGACUCCGAGGUUCCAUCCGUACAGUAAGCCGUCUCACUUAGUAUCGUCUCCUCCGCUGCCCUUUCCACUACCGCCUCAUCCGUCGCUAGCAGCGUACUUUCCCUCGUACCCGUUAUUCGGGCCUCGGCCUCUUCACCCUUGAGGACCGUCGGCGCUCCACGCACAGAAAAAGGGGGGCGCCGAGAACUAACGCCCAUGCCAAAAGGACUCUCGGAACCGGAUAGUGUAAAUAUAUGCUAGUUUAGUCCGGAUUUCUAGUCGGCUCAUAUCAUCGACGGACGUGUUAGCCCGGUGGGGCCGCGACAGCUGUGAUCUCUCGUAAAUAAUGUUUAGUGCACUGAAUAGCGUGAGCUCAUCUUCAAGCUUGCCCGCCAAUGCGGACUUUAAUUUUCUAGUUAGACUAACGAAAUUUUUAUGUACCAAAUCUAUAGAUUGUAAUUUAAAUCGUGUUUAAUUUAAGUUGUUGCAGUUAGAAAGGAUUGUUAAAUUGUGUUUGUAUUCUUUAAUCGAAAUAUUGUGCGAUAAUUUGAUUCAUCGGCGUUACAUAUCUGUGUAAUUUAUAUAAAUCUAGAAGCUAUAUAUUGUAUGACUGAAGACGAUAUUCACAUAGUGUACUCAUUGAAUUAAUUCAAAUAGCUGUAUUACCGCAACGUUAUUCAUUUUAAUUACUCAUUGUAUUUUCAACGUUGUAUAGCAAAUUCUUUUUAUAGCCACUGUUUAAGAUCUUCAACGAAUCUCAUGUUUUUAUGUUUCGUAAUUAAAAUAGUAUUUCUUGCUAAACAUACACUCUGUUGUGUUGUAAACGAAUAAAUCACUAUAAUAAUGUACACACAAACACUGAAUAAUGUUACAUAAAAGAUAAAAUGUGAGUAAAGCAUAAUAUACGCAUAUUGCAUGUAAUUAAAUGAAUGAACACUUAAUAAAUUAUCUGCAAUUGAUACCUGUUGACAUAAAAAUGUUGUUAUAAAGGACAUAAAAUGAAAUAAUAUACGUAAAUA